GCAUGAGUCGAGUUCUCGCAUCUGGUUGAUCAAUAAAUCAUCCCACAAUAGGAUUUUUCGAUUAUGUGACGAAUUAAAUUUCUCUGCGGUGCGCGUCCGUGAAUCCCUGCCUGCGGCCGGAAUAACAAAAAUGAAUGAAUUUUGAAAAAAAUGUGAAAUAAGCAUUUCUUGUAGAGCAUGUUCCCAUUUACAGUAGAUCUCUCCUGACACGUUUCUUUAAAAUCACUCAUUACGGGAAUAAUUGUGAUAUUUAAUGACCUUUAUCCACAAUUUCAGGCAGUGAUAAUAGGCAUCGGUUAUUGACCGAGCAGACAGUCAGUGUGAUGCAUACAGAAGAUGUCAAAGAGCGUAUGCAGGCGAAACUCCGAGAUGUCCUUGACGAAGUCGGUGAUCGGCUGAACGAUAUAGUGACAGAAGCUGUGGAUGAGGGAAUCGAAAGUAUUGCGAAUUUCGGCGCCGUAAGAAAUAAUGCCGGAGACACAUUCCAUAUGGAUAAAAGGAAGACACAAAGGAGUGAGAAACUUGCAGAGAAACAUUUCAAGACAAGAAAUUCAUUGCUGACGGAUCUGUUUAACGAAGACAGGCAUAUCAAGGCUGCCUACAAUAUUUGGCUAAUAAUACUGUGUCUACUGUUUUUACACACAAUUUCGCACGAUCUCAUUGAAAAUGGGACGAUGGAGAUUGGGAUUAUGACGAUAUCCACUGGUCUAGCUCAAUUUGCCCAAGUCAUCAAGAUUUGGUUCUUUAUGACCCUGUUGUCAUUCACCGUUUAUGGGUUCCACAGUUUCUGGGCUCAUCAACGACUCAAGUUUCAACCGAAAUCAAUGGUUCUGAAAGUGUGGGACUACACGUGGUUAUCGUUGUCAAUUGCAUAUCAGUCGGCCUUCUUAUUCUUCCCAGCUCGGGCAGUAUUUUUAGCCAAUUUUCCACCCCCCUGUGCUUUGAUAAUCACGAUGGAACAGAUGCGGAUGAUGAUGAAAAUUCAUGCUUUUGUGAGGAGCACAAGUUCUAGAGUUAUUUCUCAUAAACUUCAUACGGAAGGAAAAAAAAUGAAUUUCCCACGAUUCUCCAAGUUCCUGUAUUUCAUGUUCGCACCGACACUGGUUUAUCGAGACAAUUAUCCGAGCACAAAGACCAUCAGGUGGAGCUUCGUGAUUUCCAACUUUCGGGAUGUAAUCUACAUUUCGUUUUUCAUUGCAUUUUUAUACGAGCGAUUCAUUUUUCCGACAUACCGUGAUUGGGGAAGAAAUUCAGUCUCGGUGCGUGGGUUUGCACCGAAGUACUUCAAUUCAGUUCUGCCGGCAUUGGGAAUGUACCUGUGUGGAUUCUACUGUCUUCUUCAUGCCUGGUCCAACGCUUGGGCAGAACUGCUCAAGUUUGGUGACAGAUUGUUUUAUAAAGACUGGUGGACAGCAACGUCGCUCGAAAUCUACUUUCGGAAGUGGAACGUUAUAGUUCACGAUUGGCUCUACACAUACCUCUACAAAGACUUUUACGAGAUUAUCGUACCAGGGAAUAAGUACGUUGCCAGCUUUAUGGUCUUCGCCAUUUCCUCUAUAUUCCAUGAAUACAUUCUCAGCGUGAGUUUCCGCCUGUUCUACCCGAUGAUGUUCGUAUUAUUUAUGGGAACUGGAUAUCCUCUCGUCUAUGUAACAAGAAAAACCUCGGUCCUUGGCAACCUCUUCCUCUGGUUCCUACUCGUCUUCGGAAAUGCAAUUCUUCUGAGUUUUUACUCUAUAGAAUACUUCGCUAGGAUGAAUUGUCCUGAGUAUGGAGAUGUUAUUUUGGACUUAUUUAUGCCAAAGAGUUUUUUCUGUAAUAAUACUAAUUUUGCUAAUUAAGCGUCUACAUAAAAUUUUCAAUUGAUUGUCUUCAUUAUUUUUGCUAUUGAAAUGAUUUGUGAAUUUUUAUUGAGAUAUUCAAUUAAAUAAAUUGAAAACUGUUGACAAUA